AUGGUGGAGAGCCAGGCUCACUGCCUGCCACCAGAGGAGGCUGAACGCUUGCUCUCGUGGGCCCUGAAGCUGCUGACUCAGUAUUCAGAGUCGAACUUGUGGCAGGUGUCUCUGCAGACGGCCAAGGCCCUCCGGGACGAACGCGAGGCGGAGCAGUGCCGCGACCUGCGGGCGGUGCUCAACCUGCUGCUGCACAUCACGCAGAGCGAACCCCUGGACGACGCGCCCCCGCCCGGCGCCGCCCAACCCGGCGCCACGGGCGCCGCGGCCGGCGGCCGCUUUGACCCCGCGCGGGUCGUGCUGGUUGGCCUUCACAUAGUGCUGCCCCUCAUCAGCCCAGAUCUUCUGAAGUUCCCGAAGCUGAGUCAGCUUUACUACAGCUUGCUGUCGUACCUACUAGAGGCACACACCGCCGCCGUCGCCGCCCUCGAGCCGCGCCACUUCGCGAGCCUGAUGGCGUCCCUCGAGUGGGGCCUGGCGGGCGGCGACGCCGUCGCAGCGCACAGCUGCCUGGAGGGGGUCGCGGGGCUGGCGAGGUUCCAGCUCGGCGCGGCGCAGACGGGCGCGCAGGGGCUGGCGGCGCAUGCGCCCGGCCCCGGGCGCAGCGUGGUGGCGCAUUUCCAGGAGCUGCUGCUGCGGCGGCUGCUGCUGGACGACACGCCGCAGGACGCGAUGGAGCUCGCAUCUGACGCGCUGCUGCCGCUGUUGCUGUCAGAGCCCUCGGCCUUUGCGCCGCUGUCCGCGGCUCUCGCGUCCGCGGCCGCAGGCGCCCAGGGCGGCGACCCCCGCGCCGGCGAGGCCGUGGCCGGCGCGUUCAACCGCAUCCAGGUGUCGGCCACGAAGCGGCCCAUGUACUUCUACGUCACCCUUUCAAAGCGGCUGCUGAGGGACCACGACGAGGUGCAGCUGUCCGCCCUAGGCACCGCGGUCUCCACAAUGGUGUCGGUGGCCGAAAUCCUCAAGAAGCAGGGCUUCGUGACAGAGCGAGGCAUUUCGACCGAUCUGGAGGGCGUCGAGGAGAGGGAGGUGGACGGGCACCCUUUGCGGGCGGCUUUCAAGCCGAAGAUGACCGUGGUGCUGGGCAGGAGCCCGGAAUUCACCGCAAAGGCGGCGGAGGAGGCGGCGGCGGCCAAGGAGCGCGCCGCCGCGCGAAAGGAGCGGGCGGCGGCGGCGGCGGCGGCGAAGGGUAGAAGAGGGGGCGGAGAAGGUGAGGGCGAGGGCGAGGAUGGCGGCGGCGGCGGCGGUGGCGGCAGCGGGGCAGUGGCCGAGGGGAAGGCGCGGCAGGAUACCGGGGAGGGGGGCGGGAAAGGGAGGGUCACGGGGGAGACGAGAGGCAAGGGAAAGGGGAGGGGCAAGGCGGCAGGCGCGGCGGUGGCCACUGCGGCGGAGGGCACCGAGGUCGAAGGGGCUGCGGAGGCAAAUGAGGGAGCGGAGGGUUUGAUAGCGGCGGCCGCCGACGUGGCAGACAGAGCGGACAAGGCGGCGGGCGAGUGA